GCUAGUUACACACAGUUAUUACAAAACUCUGAAGCAGCAACAUGGACAUUAGCCUUAAAUGAAGGAAGUUGUGUUUUGGAGUUUGGAGUUUGACUUUUAAAGCACUGCUACUGAGCCAACCACAGACAGCUCACUGAUGUUGGGACCACCACAGCUUAGAGCUAGCUGGUAGCACCUGAGUGUGCAGUGGCUCAUACUCAGGGAUUAUACUGGACUCCAAAGUGCCUGUGGAAAUAGGCUAGCUGAGGUUUACUAGCCCCUGGAGGGUGACGGACAGUUCUUAUCAGUACCAGAGGAGCGAGGCGUCAAGGGUGGAACUGCCGCUGCGAGCCAAAGAGCCCUCCUCUCUCCCCCCUCUCUCUCUCUCUCUCUCUCUCUCUCUCUCUCUCUCUCUCCCUCCCUUCCUCCCCUUGCCAACCCAUCUCUCAUCUGGAGGAAAAAGCCAGUCAGCGCGUGGAGCCUGUGCCAGAGAGGGGGGUGACAUCCACACAAAGACUACUCUCCCCGAAACAACACUGACACUCUCUGUGAAGAGAAGGACUUGCCUCAUCAAAAACGAACUGAAACACAACUCUUCACUGCGAGGAUCACUGUUACAGUGGCAGGAGAGGUUCUCUGAAGGUUUUCUGGAGGUUGUGUGACUGUUGUGUUAAGGUUUUUGUCUGGAGGUCAGUGAGUGAGUGGUACCUGCAGCCAUGUCUCCGUUCCUGCGUAUCGGCUUCUCCAGCUUUGAGAUGGACCCAGGUCUGGCCUACCAUGAAGAGGUGAUCAAUCCAUACUGUGCUGUCUACAUGAAGGAAGCUGUAGACACAGAGAAGGGCCAGGUGUACAAGCAGAAGAAGCCCACCAUGUAUCCCCCCUGGAGCAGCACGUUUGAUGCCCAUGUCCACCUGGGCCGUGUCAUGCACGUGGUGGUGAAGGAUAAAACCGCUGAGCUAAAGUCUGAGGCCACGGUGCAGCUGGACUCCCUGGCCUCACGCUGCAAAAAGGAGAACGGCAAGCUGGAGAUUUGGGUGGAGCUGAAGCCACAGGGUCGUCUACUGAUGGAGGCCAGAUACUACUUGGAGAAGAGUGACGCCCCAUGUUCAGGUGAGGGAGAUGGAUUUGGAGAGAGAGACAGGGACCCGGGACUCUUUGCCCUCCACGCACGACGCGGAGCCAUCAAGCAGGCUAAGAUCCAUGAGGUCAAAUGUCACGAGUUCAGCGCCACGUUCUUCCCCCAGCCCACCUUCUGCUCCGUCUGUAAAGAGUUUGUCUGGGGUCUGAAUAAGCAGGGUUACCAGUGUCGACAGUGCAACGCAGCCAUCCACAAGAAAUGCAUUGACAAAAUUAUCGCCAAGUGCACUGGGUCGGCCAUCAACAGCAAAGAGACCAUGAUCCACAAGGAGCGCUUUAAGAUCGACAUGCCCCACAGGUUUAAGGUGUACAACUACAAGAGCCCCACGUUCUGUGAACACUGUGGCACACUGCUGUGGGGGCUGGCCAAGCAGGGACUCAAGUGUGAGGAGUGUGGUAUGAACAUCCAUCACAAGUGCCAGAAAAAGGUGGCCAACCUGUGUGGAGUCAACCAGAAACUUAUGGCUGAAGCCCUGGCCAUGAUCGAGACUAAACAGCAGGCCAGGGGCUCCAGAGAGAGUGAGAUCCGUAGUCGAGGUGGGCCAGUGGGUGUGGGCCAGGCAGGGGUGGUGCGGGAACCUUCAGGUUUAGUGGCAGGUCUCCCCCCGACCGCAGCCACCGCUGGGCGAAAAGAGCAGCAGGGUAUAUCGUGGGACACCCCAGCGGAGGGGGACGUGCCUGCCCCUGUGAAGGAGGAGCUGUACGCCGUCCCCAGAAAAGAACACCAUCACAAGUUCACCCUCGACAACUUCAUCCUUCACAAGAUGCUGGGCAAAGGCAGUUUCGGCAAGGUGUUUCUGGCCGAGCUGAAGAGCAGUAGAGAGUUCUUUGCGGUGAAGGCUCUGAAGAAGGACGUGGUUCUGAUGGAUGAUGAUGUGGAGUGUACCAUGGUGGAGAGGAGAGUACUCUCCCUGGCCUGGGAACACCCCUUCCUCACACACCUCCACUGCACCUUCCAGACCACGGAGAACCUGUUCUUUGUGAUGGAGUAUCUGAACGGAGGUGACCUCAUGUUCCACAUCCAGAACUGUCACAAGUUUGACGUUCAGAGAUCUACGUUCUAUGCUGCUGAGAUUAUCUGUGGGCUCCAGUUCCUCCACUCCAAAGGCAUUGUCUAUAGGGAUCUGAAGCUGGACAACGUGUUGUUAGACUCAGAAGGCCAUAUAAAGAUAGCAGACUUUGGGAUGUGUAAGGAGAACAUGGAGGGAGAAACACGGACCUGCACCUUCUGUGGAACACCUGAUUACAUCGCCCCAGAGAUUCUGCUGGGGCAGAAGUACGGCAGCUCAGUGGACUGGUGGUCGUUUGGGGUCUUGCUGUACGAGAUGCUGAUUGGCCAGUCUCCAUUCCAUGGUCACGAUGAGGAGGAACUGUUCCAGUCCAUCAGGACAGAUGACCCCUGUUACCCCCGCUGGCUGCCCAAGGAUGCACAAGACAUCCUCAUCAAGCUGUUUGUGAGGGAGCCGGAGAGGAGGCUGGGUGUGAAGGGGAACAUCCGUCAACACUCCUUCUUCAAAGACACAGACUGGAACACCCUGGAGAAACGAGAGGUGGCGCCGCCCUUCAGGCCAACUGUGAAAUCCCCCAGUGAUGUCAGUAACUUUGACAAGGAGUUUAUCAAUGAGAAACCCAGGUUGUCGUGUGCAGAUCGUACCCUCAUGAACAGUGUGGACCAAACCAUGUUCAACAACUUCUCCUUUGUCAACCCAGCUAUCAAAGGCCCCUGACCUGCAAUAACAUUACAACAACCUACCUACCAGCAACAUAUUCACAAUCCAUCAACAACCCACUGUACAAGCAACAUAUUCACAACCCAUCUAUAACCUUCUGACAACCUAUUCGCAACGCAUCAAUAACUCAUUACGACAACACAUCACAGACAGGAGUCAAGGACACUUACCUAACAGAUCAAUAACGUAUCCACAACCAGUCAAUAACCAGUCAAUCUCACCUCAGCUCUUUUAUACAGCCAUGGUGUACAGCAGUGGAGGCUGCUGAGGGGAGAACGGCUCAUAAUAAUGGCCGGAACGGCGCGAUGGAAUGGCAUCAAAC